UAAAGUGAUGCUGGUCAGACUCCUAAACAAGUAACAGAGCCGGGGCAGUGCCGGCCGGCUGCCAGAAAGCAGUUUUGGCGAAACCAGUUAAGAUAUCCCAGAAGUGUUUUAAUUGUACAAGAAGAUUCCCCGGGUGUAGUGUUUGAGAAUAAGAAGAAGAAGAGUAGUCCUUGACUUGUAGACUAAACUUUAUUUUACUGUGCGUCAUGAUUUCCAAACACAGGCCGCCGCCAAGUGACAGAGGAAAAGUUUUAGACCGUUACCGUCGUUGAAACUAACGAGUUGAAUGGAGACGGAGUAGCACUUUAAAUGAGGAGAUGAAUUUCGGUGUCCCCGCUAAUUCGCUGCUGCUUUUCCGUGCCUGCGACGAGGGAGACUAUGAAACCGCCCGUGGGAUCCUGGAGCCCGGAGCCCCGAAAGAGUCCGGGAGGCAGAGCAGGCUGCGGUCAGAAGCGGGGUCGGAGUGCAACACCGCGGACAUGUUGUCUCUGGUACCGGUUGACUGUACGGACGAGGAGGGGAACACCGCCCUGCAGUUUGCGUCGGCCAGCGGUCAUGAGAACCUGGUCCGGUUUUUGCUACGAAAGGGGGCCUCGGUGGACAGCCGCAACAACUACGGCUGGACUCCGCUGAUGCAGGCUGCUAGGUUUGGUCACCUGACUGUUGCCCACAUCCUGCUGGAGAACGGGGCAGAGAUUAACGGACGGAACAGGCUAGGUGCGAGUGUCCUGACUAUGGCGGCCCGUGGUGGACACACUCAUGUAGUCAAGCUACUUCUGGAGAGCGGGGCCUACGUUGAUGACUAUGAUCAUCUGGCUGUUGCUGCGGAGGCGGUCUCAAACGGCAACAACAACAACAACAGCUGCAGCACGACUGGUUUUGGAGGUGGUGAAGGCUGUCCAGGAGGAGGAGGCGGCAGAGAAUUCAUGGACAUCAUAGCCCUGAUGGUGGCAUCUCAGCAUGGCCAUGAGGCCGCGGUGCGCCUGCUGCUAGAGUGGGGCUCUGAUGUCAACUUUUCCCAGAAGACCACUGGCUGGGGACCACUGAUGGUGGCCACCCUCAGUGGGAAGGUGGCUGUGGCUCAGCAGCUGGUGGAGCGUGGCGCUGACCCAGACCGAGUCAAUGUUCUGUCCAAGACGGCCUUUGAACUAGCCAUGCAGCUUAAACAGAGAGACAUCAAGGCCUAUCUGGACUCCAUCACCACUGUCCGACCCCAGACAGACGAUGAGAGAAGACGACCAGAUGUGUUCAGUGCCCUCAAGCUGGGAAAUUCCCAGCUGGUCAAAGAGAUCUUGGAGGAGGAUCCUACGCAGGUGAAUUCAUCCAAUCAGGAGGGAGCAUCACCUCUCAUGAUGGCAGCGGUGAGCGGCCAGUUAGAAGUGGUGCAGCUGAUGGUGGAGAAGAAUGCCGACAUAGACAAACAAGAUGGUGUGCAUGGGUGGACCGCUUUAAUGCAGGCCACCUAUCAUGGUAAUAAAGACAUUGUUAAGUACCUGUUGAGUCAAGGGGCUGAUGUCAACCUUCGAGCUAAGAAUGGAUACACGGCCUUUGAUUUGGUUAUGUUGCUGAAUGACCCAGACACUGAGUUGGUGCGUCUGUUAGCAUCAGUGUGUAUGCAAGUAGACAAGGACAAGUCGAAACACCGCGGCAGAGCCUUAAUGACUCGCUCCAAAAGCCGACAGUCCCUCAACAAUGUCCCUGUGCCACCUGAUGACAAGGGAGGCCUUAAGUCCUGGUGGAGUCGGAUGUCAAAUCGGUUCCGACGGCUUAAGUUGACUCACACCCUGAGGCACGGCCUUUCAUCCAACCGCCUGGCUCCAUUUCCAGAUGAUGCUGAAACUUCAUUGGAUGCCACUAUGAAGGCGAAUAGGAAGUCUGCUGCCGUGUCCAAUGGGGCGCUGGCACCAUCUCCUGCCCUGGGUGGGAAUGACAUCAGCACUGCCUGGGCAGUCAAGAGCAAAGACACUGGUCUUUGCAGGACAUCCUCAGAAAAGGAGGACUUUCUUAUAACUACAAUGCUCAGGAGUGGUGCGCCCUUGACCCGGCUGCCCAAUGACAAGCUAAAAGCGGUGAUCCCGCCCUUCCUGCCUCCAUCCAACUUUGAACCGUGGAACUCGGACCGUUCGCGCCUCCUCAGGGAGGGAAAGAGCGAAGCGCCCCGCCUGCCCAUGCCAUCCCAGAGGAAGCUGAACAGCAGUGGAAACUCAGAUAUUACGUCCAUCAGUCGUGUGGUUAGCAGGUCCAUUAAGUUUCCCAGCAUCCCCAAGGGUCCCUCCUCCUCUUCUCCUUCAAACUCUGGUCACUACCACUCCCCCCACUCCUCUGGAGGCUCCAAUGGAGUGGCAGGGAUCAACCGGGACUCUCACAACCGUUCAGGGGGCAGUGCAGACAAUGUUCUCUCCCAGAUAGCAGCCCAAAGGAAGCGAGCGGCAGGCCUGAUAGAUGUGAAGGCCCCAGCUCCGGAGAAACAGCACAGCCAGACACAGAGCCAACCCUCACUGCCACCCUCAGCACCCGGCCUGCCGUUGCCUGAUAUUAGCCUUCCUGACAUCCACUCCCACCCCAGCCUGGUCGCUUCCGACAUCCACUCGAGAAGGAAGAUGGAGUUGAAGAAGAGACCUCAGUCAGGGAAUUCCUCCACCUCCAAAAGCACGUCGCCCACUCUGACUCCGUCUCCUUCCCCAACGCCCAAGCCUCCUACUGGGCCAGGAGACUCUCUGUCCUCAGCCUCUUCCCAUCCUCGCUCCAAGAGCAGUGGUGGCUCCAGCAGUGGAACCAUAACUGAUGAAGAUGAGCUGUCUAGUAUAUUGAAGAAACUGUCCCUCGAGAAAUACCAGCCCAUAUUUGAGGAACAGGAGGUGGACAUGGAGGCGUUCCUGACUCUAACAGAUGGAGACCUGAAGGAGCUGGGCAUUAAAACGGACGGACCCAGACAACAGAUCUUGGCUGCCAUAUCAGAGCUCAAUGCUGGAAAGGGCAGAGAAAGGCAGAUCCUUCAAGAGACCAUCCAUAACUUCCAGUCUUCCUUUGGUAGCAGCGCCAGUAACCCAAGACAACCAGGUGAACCACGCUCACCAACGGGAUGGAUGAGACACCAGGUUCGUUCCUCCAACAAAAGGUAACCCUGCAGCCCCGAUGCCCACCGGGAAGUACACCAAAGGUACUUAGAAUAAGAGUAAAAGGCUGGUGACCUCUAGCCAAGGCACAAAUAAUAUGGACGUCCACCAGCAGUGUUUGUGCAAGAGGACGCUGCUGCAAAACGACCAACCAGGCCCUGAUAAACUGUCUUUAUAGGACCCUCCAGGACCAAACUGCCUUAAAGUGUCCCUCUUAUGGAUCCUAAAGCAGGGGAGGUGUGGCAGAGCUGUCUGAGUCCAGUGCCCUGCUGUUAUUUGACAAAGCACGCGAUGUGUGGCAAAUGCUGCUUUUUUGCCAUAGUGAUACGGUUGCCACAUCUUCUGCCAAUGCAGCACAUGGGUUACGCAGAGAGGUUAGAGAGCAGAGAGUACACAGCAGAGGGAGCCAAGAAGAGAGAUUUGAAUGUGAGCCAAGAGAGAGAUUUUUUAUUUUAUCUGAACAAAUGUGAGAGAUAGAGCAUAUGUAUUGUAAAAGUGGCAAGUUAAGUCAGGAUAAAAGAAGAGAGAGAUUAUGAGUAUAACAAUUAAAUAACAUAAAACAGGUAUUAGCCAGUAAUACUGUGAUUGAGACUUUAAAGCAGCUGUAAUGGCUAAAAAGGUGCACUGAUGAGGAAAGCAAAUGGACAGAGAAAGGGACAUUAGCCAAGCUAUAUUUAGUCAUCCAGUCUCUUGGACUGCUUUUACAAGUCUGUUAUGUCUUUGGUUUAAGGGCCAUUAUGUAAACAGAUGAUAUUUAGUCAAGACUGUGCUGUCAUGAAUAAAUAAACAUUAUGAUGAUGCAGUAACUAUGUUUUUUUUUUUUUACUGUUUAAGAUCUUAUUGGAUUUGAGAUGAGAAGAGACAUUGGCAAAAACAUUUUGGGAGCAUUUUAUGAGCAGUAUAAAUUUUGUUUGAAAGCAGUGCAUUGAGCAAUAGUUUCCACUGAGCCUGUUCUAUGUUUUUGCAUCUGGCUCCACCAUUAAACAGUUGGUCCACAUGCAGACAGUUGGAGCCCUAUAUCAUUCUUAAAUCAGGUACUUAUAAUCUAUGUCUUAAAUCCAAAGGAUGGGCAGAAAAAAUAUGAGAUGACUGAUAUCGCAUCCUGUUUACUCAUGUACUGUGUUGGGGAAACCUGAAUAAACAUACUGUACGCUUUCAAAAAGGAAUCUGGAUGAUUAAUUGAAUCACUAAACACUGAAAUAAAAUCUGUUUCCAAAAUGAAAUAAACUUAAUACAAACUGUAUUCAGUGGUGCUCGGGUUUAAUAGUUGGAAACCAGGAUUCAGGUCCAGCUUUGCUUUUGUAAAACCAAAUCAAAUCCAAUGUGAAACUAUCUUCCUUCCACAAGAUGGCAGUGACCUUCUAUUGAUGCAAUAAAUGAUCAGAGUGGUACAGUCCAGC